UACGGUUGGCAUGUGGGGGUACAUGCCUCAUAAUUGCACCUAACAAUAAAUGUUGUUCCUUAGGAUAUAAUUUUGAUUUAAGUUGUAAUGGGAAGGUGAGAUGUGUCCAUCAACGCCAGCACAUGUUCAGGAAGGGAGGGAGGAUUGGAAGGUCAGCAAUCAAAAGCAACCCCUCGUAUAAGGACGCUCCUAGUGAUCAUAUGAAUUUCUACGUACAUCCCACGUGUCCUCUACCUAUUGGGUGUUAGUGCACGAAACCAGACACCUAGGCUGCCUUAAAGAAGCAAUUCAGCUUAAUUUAUAAGGCUCUUGAGUUCUGAAUCCCUCCCGGCUUUUGGCCUGUUCCACUCACAUAUUAAUUCUUCAUUUGAUCAGUCUUGCGUUGCUUUAUUCUAUCUUUUCAGUUCAGAUCUGGGAUAUUCCAGGUCCAAGCUGAAGCUAUGGCGGAGAAGAAGGUGACGACUAUGGUGCUGAAGGUAGACCUUCAGUGCUGUCGCUGCUACAAGAAGGUGAAGAAAGUACUCUCUAAGAUCCCUCAAAUACAAGACCAGGUAUACAACGAGAAGGCCAACACGGUGACGAUCACCGUGGUAUGCUGCAGUCCGGAGAAGAUCAGGGACAAGAUAUGCUGCAAGGGUGGCGGAUCCAUCAAGAGCAUUGAGAUCAAACCACCACCCCCAAAACCCAAGGAGCCGGAGAAGAAACCUGAAAAACCUAAAGAAGCCGAGAAAAAACCUGAAAAGCCUAAAGAACCGGAGAAGAAACCUGAAAAACCCAAAGAACCUGAGAAGAAGCUCAAGGAGCCUGACAAGAAACCUGAAAAACCAAAAGAAGCUGAGAAGCCUAAAGUGCCCGAAAAGAAGCCUGAGAAGCCUAAGGAAGCUGAAAAACCCCCAGCCCCAGCCCCAGCCCCAGCACCCGCACCUGCACCAGCACCAGCACCAGCCCCAGCACCAAAGCCUAUAGAACCGGCACCUCCACCGCCAAUGGCCUAUCCCCCACUUGGUUAUUGUUGCACAGACUGUUAUCAUGGCCGUGGUGGGGGACCUUGCUACUAUGGUGGACCACCGCCACGCCCAUGUUACGAGACUUAUGGUAGACCAGUUUAUGAUAGCUGGGGCUGCAGUGGCGGCGACUACAAGUACUGUUAUACGAGUCGCGGAGAGUGUUUAAGCGAAGAAAACCCCCAAGCUUGCUCAAUUAUGUAACGUGGCACAUACUAAAUGAGCAUCGUCAAUUUCCAUGACAUCACUGAUAAUCUUCUAGUUGUCUCUGUUGAAUAUUGAGUCAGUUUUACUCCCAUGUGAAAUUGUUUUUCUUUUUAGUUAUCCAUAAACAAGAAAUUGCUUUUUCCUUCUCGACUAUAGACAUUUCGUAGGUCAUAUAAGAAAAACUAAUAAGGUUGGUGGUGGUGGACAACCGACGGGUCAUUUCAGACUUACAAAAAGUUUGUGGCCCUUUUUUAUUUAUUUAAUAAAUAAAAAAGUAUCUGUUAAUGAUUUGCA